AACCGACCCGGCCAGACGUCUCUCAGAAGCCGCCAAAGAAACAUCUCUCUCUUCUCUUAAAACCAUCUUUUGAUUUCUUGUCUGGAUUGAAAAGAUGCUGGCUCAGAGCGUUCUCGUCACCGGUUGCAGCCGCGGCAUCGGCUUGGAGUUUGUGCGACAGCUGGUAUCGUGCGAUAAACCUCCGGCCGUGGUCAUAGGUACUUGCAGGAAUCCGGACAAAGCCGCAGAACUGCAAGAACUCGCCAAGAAAUAUUCAAACCUGAAGAUCAUCAAAUUUGACGUGGUAGACUACGCCAGCCUCCCUCGCGUGGUGGAGGAGGUCGGCCAGGCCGUGGGCGCGGGAGGCCUCAACCUCCUGAUCAACAACGCGGGCAUCAUGGACAAGUGCUCCUCGCAGAUGUUCGGCGUCCCGCUGCAGCACCUCGAGGCCAGGCUGUUCAGCGAGGUCCUCGAGACCAACACCACGGCACCGCUCAUGCUGAUCAAGGAGCUGCUCCCCCUCCUCAGAAAGGCCGCGGCGUCGGGCGGAGGUCCCAUGGGCGUGUCCAGGGCAGCCGUGAUCAACAUGUCCACCAUCCUGGCUUCGAUGGGCGGCUUCGUGGGCAACGCCGACAUCUACGGCUACCGGGCGAGCAAGACCGCCCUCAACAUGCUGACGAAGGCGCUGUCGGAGGACUUGGGGCACGAGGGCCUGCUGUUCGCGGCGCUGCACCCCGGCUGGGUCCAGACCGACAUGGGCACGAGCGCGGGCAUGCUGACGACGGAGCAGAGCGUCAAGGACAUGCUCCAGCUUAUGGCGACGCUGACGGAGAAGAACAACGGCUGUUUCAUUUCGCACGACGGGAGCGCGCUGCCCUGGUGAGGCGGACGCGCAUGGCGGGCGUCGACUGUUUAGGGGGUGCAGGGUUAUUGUUUGUCUUUGUUUUCCGAUUGUUGUGCCGGUCUUUUUCAUCUGAUAUUAUUCAUCAUCAUUUUUCUUCCUCACCGGUUUGUUUUUUUACAAUUCAUUCUCUCCCUUUUCCUCCACAACUGCCUCUUCUUCUUUUUCUUCUUCUUCCCCUUUCUCUUCUUUUCCUCCUCCUUCUUCUCUUUACCUUUCCUUCCAGUUUGUCAGUUGUAAAUGAAAAACGUUUAAUAAAUUGAAAA